AUACAUACAUAAAUACAAAUGCUGUGUGAUAUAUGCCCGACAGUUUGAAAGCGCUGUUCGAAGAGUACACUCGUCAAUUUGUUGCAUCGACGAAAAGCGGACGCGGCGUUUUUAUGCGAUUUUGUUUCAUUCAAGUUGUGACGCUGACGAUAAAUAGUUAAAAUAUAAAAAUGUAUUUUGGACGAAGGAAUACAAAGAGCUUGGUCAUCGCCAGCGCUGUACUAUUGGUGUUGUAUGUUUUGUGCGCGAAUCGCCCGAGGAAAUUCGAAAUUGAUACGAUGAUCUAUAAUGUUAAACCGGUGGAGGUGUGGGAAUAUAUGUCAGAUUUUAGCAAAAUACGCACGUUGAACCCGUCAGUUUUAAGCUUCAAUAUUAUCGGCGAUAGUGGACACGCUCAUGACUGGCGUUAUACCGUUGAAUACUGGGAGCGUACAUCGCAUUGGCCGCAUUUUUUUAGUAAAGCGACAGCAGAUUAUAUUGUUAAGAAGACUAUGCCGGGAGAGAAAGACCCAACAUAUACGAUUGAGUCAAGGCAUACAACAUGCUUCUUCAAAGGCAUCUAUUGUAUGAUCUCCACAAGCGAAUUUAAGUGUCGUGCUAAGGGCCGUGACACCUACUGCGAGGAAGACAUAGUAUAUCAGUGCCCGCCAUUCUUGGGCACCAUCUGCCGACGUGAGUUGGAAAAUCAGCGCAAAACAGUUAUGGAAAAUUUAACUGCGAUCUUUAGUAAUUCAGGAUAAUAUUUAUACCAACGCAUUUCAAUUCAUUUAUGUACUUCAUUUAUUUCAAUCACUUUAAUAUUUCUUCUUUU